AUGACUUUGGUUCAGUGUUCAAAUGUUGUAGAUGUCGAAUCCGGUGAACCUGAUGGAAACGUGUCGUGUCUAUUAUCAUAUGAUGGCAAACUUAUCAAUACUACUACUACUACUACUACUACUACUACUACUACUACUACUACUACUACUACUACUACUACUACUACUACUACUACUACUACUACUACUACUACUACUACUACUACUACUACUACUACUACUACUACUACUACUACUACUACUACUACUACUACUACUACUACUACUACUACUACUACUACUACUACUACUACUACUACUACUACUACUACUACUACUACUACUACUACUACUACUACUACUACUACUACUACUACUACUACUACUACUACUACUACUACUACUACUACUACUACUACUACUACUACUACUACUACUACUACUACUACUACUACUACUACUACUACUACUACUACUACUACUACUACUACUACUACUACUACUACUACUACUACUACUACUACUACUACUACUACUACUACUACUACUACUACUACUACUACUACUACUACUACUACUACUACUACUACUACUACUACUACUACUACUACUACUACUACUACUACUACUACUACUACUACUACUAGUACUGAGUGUAGUCGUGGUGAUAAUUGUAUGUAUUUGAAUACAAAAUUACAGAUACAUUAA